AUGACAGCGGCAGAGGAUCAGUCUAUGCGUACAUGGCGAGGAAACGAUGGCAAGUUCGAGGUGGAAGCUGCUUAUGUGGGCCUCUUUCAAAAAACCAAGGUCAAGUUGCGUAAAGCUGGAGGUGGAAUGAUUGCGAUUCCUAUUGAACGUUUGUCUGAAGCCGAUGCAGCCUAUAUACACGCUCGAUCAGGGCAAACUCCAGUAGUGACAUUGGCAACAACAGCACCUACCGCUCAUCAAGACACUGUCCCCCCUCCAACUCUUCAGUUACAACCUUCCAUGGCAGCCCUGACACUUGACGACUCUACCAACAACUAUUCACCACCACUACAAGAGCAACAGCAACCACAAAAUAUGCCAUUGACUAUUCAUACGACACAACCAAUGUCUACUACAACAACAACAGCAGCCCAAGUGGUGUUACCAACUCCUGUAGAAAGGCAUGGACUUGCACAACAAGUGAUUCCUAUGCGACCUGAAGCAGUGCGUCUCCUUUCACAGCGAUCAUUAUCAUCCAUUACUGAAAGGUUAGGACGUGGACAAUGGCAGACACGGCCCCAAUCAUUAUCAGACCUUCCUGAACGAGCGCUUUGUACUAUUGCCCAAUAUCUCGAUGCUCGUACACGUGUUCGGCUUGCUUCCACAUGCACUGCACUCUUGCAAGCCGUCUUUCGUCCCCAAGUAUGGCGCCAUGUAUGGUUUAUGGGUUAUGCAGGAGAAUACGUGGAUAGUGCUACGAUUCAUGCGAUGACUGUAUCACUCGAACGACAUCAAUUGCAACAUGCUGUUCAUACCAUUACGCUGGAUGGCACAUCAGUCAAUGCCGAUGCUAUUGUUCACGUCUUGAUCCAUUUUCCUGCUAUGCGGUGGCUAUCGGUCAAAGGAUGCUGGGGCGUUCAUUCUUUCCCACUCGGCGGAAAACUUAUGCAUCUUGUGGCAAGUGGUUCAGGUAUUAUGACACAGUUGGAAAGGUUUGAAUUGGGGAAAGCAUUACGACGAGGCGUCACCCAGCAAGACUUGGAGGAUAAGCCCAACGCACCACAAUCAUUCGGUCAGGAUUUGGCAGUCAUUCGUAAUGCUUUGGAACAACUUGCAAGACGACCUGUGCAGAUGGAUUGCUUCUUGUGCGAUUUUUGUCAUGUUGGAGCAGCAGCAGCUUUUGUCCAUUGCGUAUCAUGUGGACCUGUUUAUAUCCACAAAUGCAACAAAUGUGCUCCACGAUGCGAUAGGUGCAGUAUCCGUACCUGUAAUCGACCAGGAUGUCGUGCAAGCCAAUCAGUACACAUAUCAACAACGACCUGUGGAAGAUGCGAUCGACCUCUCUCUAUUUGUAACCAUAACCAAGCCUGUGCUCGUGCAAGUAACAGCCCCUGUGGUAGUUGCAAUGGUCUCUUUCAUGCUCAAUGCCGCACAAGUGAUGGUGGAUAUGCGUCCAAUCAAUGCUCUCGUUGUGGUAUUGUUGCUUGUCCUACGUGCGAACUCAUCAUGUGCGCUGGUGGAUGUCAUGGUCAAUGGUGUCGGAAUUGUGCCAGUGAUAAGCAAGCUGCUGAUUUGAUACAUUGCAAAUGUAUUGUCAUCAACAAGACGGGUGGAAAGAUCAGGAAACGCACAGUUUGUCAUCAUUGCAGGAAAGCAUGCUCAAAAUGUCGCACAACUGGUUUUUGUCCACGGUGUCUUGGUGUUCAUUCUAAACAAUGCCGCUAG